GUGUUUCUGGCGGCUCCGGUCACAUGACCAGUCAGCUGGUUCCUCAGCACAUCCGCCUGACUCGCUUCUGUUUACAAAUCAGCGACAGCUUCAGCCUGCAGAAUGCAGACUUCUGCGUGAUCGGAAGAGGCCAAUCUCUUCUGUUGGGUGUCGACUAAGAAGAGAAACGGUUUGGCCCGGUCGCAGCCAUGCAGCACCCCAACUUCGAGACCCGCCACCCGCUUCAGCCAGAUGAGCAGCAGGAGACAGGCUUUGACCCCCUCAAUAGCUUUAACAAGAACCGCAGCACAGGAGGUUCUGUCGACGGCAGCACUCACUCACCCUCAACCUUCCUGUCGUACAGGAAAGAAUGGGACGACUUGUUUUCCAACAGUAAUUACCUGGCCAGGAUCCGACAGGCAGGCAUCAGCGGGCGACUAAGGAGCAGCCGAUUUCGGAGCGUGUGCUGGAAGCUGUAUUUGGACGCUCUGCCGGAAGAUAAGAGUCAGUGGAUCAACAAGACCCGAGAGCAGCGGGCGCACUACGAGAAGAUCAAAGAAACGCACAUCACCAACCCUCGAAAAGCUGCAGGUCAGCAGGAUCUGGUGGUCAACAACCCUCUGUCACAGGAUGAAGGGAGCUUGUGGAACAAGUUCUUUCAGGAUAAAGAGCUCAAAGGGAUGAUCAAGCAGGACGUCCUGAGAACGUUUCCAGAGAUCCGAUACUUCCAGGACGAAGAAGUGAGGACCAAGCUGACGGACAUUCUGUUCUGCUAUGCCAGAGAAAACGAGCAGCUUCUUUACAAGCAGGGGAUGCACGAGCUGCUGGCUCCCAUCGUGUUCGUGCUGCACUGUGACCACCAGGCCUUCCAGCACGCCAGCGAGACGGCGGAUCCCAGUGAGGAGAUGAAGUGCUUGUUAAACCCUCACUACCUUGAGCAUGACGCCUAUGCCUUGUUCUCUCAACUGAUGGAGACAGCCGAACCCUGGUUCUCCAGCUACGAGAGAGAAGUGAGAAGGGGCAAAGAGGAGAUGCUCACCAGCAUCCCCUUCGCUCGGCCCCAGGAUUCAGGCCCGUCUGUGGCCAUAGUAACCAAAGUCAACCGCAUCCAGGACCAGCUGGUGAAGAGGCACGACGUGGAGCUGCACAUGCACCUGAACCGACUGGAGAUCGCGCCGCAGAUCUACGGCAUUCGGUGGGUGCGCCUGCUGUUCGGACGCGAGUUCCCCCUCCAGGACCUGAUGGUGGUUUGGGACGCGCUGUUCGCCGACAGCAUCACUCUGGACCUGGUGGACUACAUCUUCGUGGCCAUGCUGCUCUACAUUCGAGAUGCUCUCACUGCCAGUAACUUCCAGACCUGCCUGGGCCUGCUGAUGCACUACCCUCCGAUAGGAGACAUCAACGCUCUCAUCCAGAAGGCUCUUUUCCUGCGAGACCCCAAAAACAACCCACGACCCGUCAACUAUCAGUUCCAGCAGAACCUGGAUUAUUACAAGACGCGAGGCGCUGACCUGAUGAAUAAGUCACGCUCCUCCACCAAAGCAGCUCCUCUCAACAUCAACAAAGUCUCCAACAGUCUGCUGAACUUCGGCAGGAAGCUGAUCGCUCCGGCGAUCUCCGGCGGCUCCAGCAGCUUCACUCCCAUCAACAGCGAGGUUCACUCCGCCUCCUCCAACCCGCCGCCCGCCAUCCCUCACCCGCUGGCCGACCCCCCUCCACACCAGGAGCUGCAGCACACCCAGCAUCCCGUCCAGAACCAGCACUACCGCCUGCUCAAGUCGGAGAGCAUGCCGGUCCACCUCAACAAAGAUGUGGUUUCAGGUGGGGUUUCUCAGGUUUCCUUCCCAGUCCAGACUCACACUGACACUCAAGGCCAGAGCUCCAGAACGGCCAGCUCCUCUCCCAGUAUAGAAUCUCUGUCGGUUGGACGCGGCCAGUCCUCGGCCUCGCCUCCUCUUCCUCCGUCGCGAGGAGGCAGCGACGUCAGCACCUCCUCUCCUCCGCUCUCGGCCUCCAAGAAGGACUCCUUCUUCCACAUCACUCGCUCCAGGUCCCACAGCAAGAGCAUGAGCAAGAGAGACACCGACGAAGACCUGGAGUUUCAGGUGUCCUUCCUGCAGGGUCAGAUCAACGACCUGGAGGCCAUGAGCAAGUACUGUGCCAAGAUGAUGAACACACACAUCUGUAAAAUCCAGGAGGUGAUCCUGCAGGAGCACUUGGAGAGGGAAGACGAGGUCCUGGUGUCACUGGCGGGACUCAAGCAGAUCAAAGACAUCCUGAAGGGGGCGCUGCGGUUCAACCAGAGUCAGCUGGAGGCGGAGGAGAACGAGGAGAUCACCAUCGCUGAUGACCACUACACGUCCACGGCUGCCGCCGCAGAGGCGGCGCUCGGGGACGACAAGCGUCCGCUCGGCAGCAGGCGGAGCCAAGACCCGGAGGAGACGGAGGCAGGCGAGGACGGACGGGUGGCGGCGGCGGCGGCGGCAGCGGCGUCGGCGUCUGAGCCACAGGCGGCAGCUGGAGCCUGUGAGGAGGGCAAGAACUGGGACGACUACAUCCUGGUGUCCCAGGACGAAGACCUGCUGGCUGUGGGGGGAGGCGGCGCCCGGCGCACCCCUCUGGUCCGGAGAGGCCGCGCCCUGGUGCGCAUGGAGCCGGAGGGAGCGGCCGGGACCUUCCACGACCCGCUGACCGCCGCCGCCGCCGCCACGUCGGGUUCCUCCAGCCCAGACGAGGGCUCCACCAACAGCAAGGACUCAGACUUCAGCAUCGUGAACCCCAACGACUUGUGAGGAGCCAGAGCCAUCGUCUGUGAGGAAGCUGCUAUCAGCUGAAAAGUUGCACAUGUGAACUUCGUGGCUGGUCCCAGGAGCCCCGCCCCCCAGACUCUUCUGUCUGUCUGUCUGAUCUGUGCCACUUCAGCCACCUCCUCAUACUGCACCAGUGCCUCCGACCAGGACGGAACCAAACCCGACUGUGAUCACCUUCUCUCUCUCUCUUUCUUUGUUUUUUUUAGGAGAACUUUUUAAAGCCUGCUGACGGUUGAUCUUUAGUUCGAGCGACGCCUCGGUUUUGUCCACUCUGUGGUGAAUGUUUUUAACUGCUUUCUUCUUUUUACUGUCUUCUUCCUCCAUGUAAGCAAAUGCACGUGUAAAUCGUCCACUCAGCAUAAUUAACUCUCAACCAAUAAAAGCGCAUCAUUACCUCU